AAACCCUAGUUUUCUUGAUUUCUGACUGUUUAUGUGAUGGUUGAUUAUAUUCUUUGGCGCGGAGAAGAUCCUCGUUCUUUGAUGUCUACACGGUUUGCUUUUGGACGUUUUGGUUACAUCAAUGUCGGCUUCGAUACGGCUCGAAACUUCCCUUGGCAUGGCAGAUCCUUUAGGCUUUUGCUCGAAGACCAUGUCUCGACCUGCGAUUGCCGGGAGAUCCUCUCCUGUUAGGACCAUUGAUGCUAAAUCCUGGGACAUUGAUCGCUCUUUUACGCGUCCAUACCUUUGAAAACUUAAUCGUUGCGCCUCCUCCUGAGAUCACUCCCGUCUUCAUCUGGGUCUGGCUUGAACAACUGGGCAGAGAUCUCACCUUUCUUCCUACCUUUCUUUCUACCCUUUUGCUUGAUUGAGCAAAAGAGGCGGCUUGAUGUACAUACGACCCUAAACGAUAGACUGAGGAGCUCAUUCCACGACGUCUGAUGCGCUUCAUAACACGGUGUAUCCCACGUUUGCUGCUUUUUUCGUAGACCAAAGAAGUUGGGAGUGACAGAGUUACAUGGAUCUUGCUAUCGUCUUUCAUGGCACGGGGUCAAGAAAAUGCUUAGAAAUUUUUCAUCUAAGUCGUAAACGGCUCCCAUGUUUGCCUUCUGUGUGUCUAUUGCUCGCACUUGAUCCAAUAAGGAGGCUGGUUUCUGCUAUAUUGAACUCAAUAUGUCUGAAAUCACAUCCUGAUCAGAAGAUGUUAUAUUUCUUGUAGAAGGAGUGAGGUAGUACCAAAACAAUUCAGGGGAGCAUACCUCCUAAACUUUGGUGUCAAGUGAAUAGGAAGUGGCAAUAAAUCCAAGUUUGCAGUGUAUUUGAUAUUCGGUGGAUGGGAUUGAAAUCUAGGAAGCAUGACGAGCACUGAUGAUGUAGAGCUUACAAGUACCAUCAAUUCUGGUCUUCCUUGGAAAAUGGUGGCUAAAGGGAGUAGGAGCUCAACAAGACGUAAUAAGAAACCAGUUGCACGAGUUGCAGCCUUGGAUGUUCAGGCAGUAGACAGGAGUGCAGCAGGCGAAGGGGCGGAAGGUGUUUCAGAAUCUGAGAAGCUUGGGGUUGCUGUUCUAGGUCAGCAUUUUGCGGAAAAAGUAGAGCAUGUUCCGAUAAAGAAGCGGAGGUUUAUCCUUCCUCUUCCAUCAUCGCCUUCAAUCAGUUCCUCUUCUCGACAUGAAGGCCCAGAACAUCGUGCACAGAUCAAUCAUGCAUUGCAUGUUUCUAGGUUAAACCCCAAUCUGGUUGAUGGAAGAACAUCAGAAGAUUUUGGUGAAAAGCCCGAUUGCAACAGUCAUGACUUCUCUGGAAUCGAGAUACUUGCUGAUGUUGCUUGCAGUUGUGAAAUAAGUAGUGAUAUACCGACAGCUCGGGAUCAUCUGUUUGUUAAAGAACCUGCUCAACAGCAAAUUCCCUCGACCUUAUCUGUCCAUGUGGAAGGUGACGACCGAUCAUUAGUUGGGACAGUUACUGUCUCCCAGAAAGAUGCUGUUCAUGAAUCUGGUGACCAGGCUAUGGAAGACAAGAGUGAAACUGUAACGUCAUCUAAGAAAAAUCCGGUUGAUGUUUUGGAUCCUGCUUCUGGGGAGAUGGUGUACCAGAACAACAUUAUUGUGGUUUCCAAUGAAUCAUCUACAGAAAAGCCAAAGGGGAAUGUUGACGCAGAUGAAAACGAAAAUUUAGCACCUCAGAACCAAACGGUUGGAUCAGAGAAAUCAUCUGCUGACGAGCAAACUGAAAAGUCUAAGAACAUUGAGUGCCCAAAAGAUGAUAGGUUACAUUGGGAUUUGAAUCUGACGAUGGAUGCUUGGUGUCAACCUUGUGAUGCCGGUGAAGGAAAAGUCACAGAGUCUGUUUCCCCUGUGGAGACAGAACCUAUCAACGGUUGUAAAGACCGUGUGGAUAGCGAGAUUUCAUCGGAUGUGCAUGUGAGCAUCCCAUUGCCUUCUGGGUCUAAGGCUGAAACAGCUGUUCCAAACACCAAGGAUUCCCAAUCUGGUUAUGAUGAUUCCCAGUUUGAGGAUGGAGAGUUGAGGGAACCAUAUCCUUGUUGGGAAGAAAACGAAGGUGAUGCCGCAGAGGUUGAACAGGUGGAUUAUGGUUCUGAACCCGAGGAUGAAAGAUUCUAUCAUUUGGGUGAAGGUAAUGAGAGUAAACUGGACGGUGUUGACAAGGGAAUCGUGGCAGAGAAAAAAUUUGGACCUGUAAAUUCAGAAUCUGGAGAUGCACAAAGGAUCCCGGGGACUAACGAAGGAAGUAGUGAUAUAGAGAAGCAUGUGGUUGUCUCCUUGAAUGAUUCUUAUGCGAAGGGCCCUUCUCCUUCUAGUGUUUUUUCUUCAAAAUCCUUCAAGGAGUUGCCUUCACAUGGUACUGUUCAGCAGAGAAGGUCUGAUAGCUACGAUGAGUCAAAUGAGAGGGAUGCUGGUUCAGACAAGUUUAUGGGGAGGGACAGAUCAGGAAUCCAUACGCGCGGUAGGAGUCCCGGAAGAGGGCAUUUUGGUGGCUGGGAUUCUAAACGACGUCUUUCCCCUUCUCCUAUCUAUAAAGGCAGCUCCUUUGGUUUCGGGCGUCGCCCAAAAAGCAUAGUGGAGAGUCGAGGUUUGAUGAAUGGGUUUGAUCAGCCGGCAUCAGGACCAGAUGGUCAUAUACGUAGGCAGUUCUCAAGUGGGGCAUACAGGGGUCGGUUCAGAAGAUUCCCGGAUGAUGGGAACCGUGACUUCAGAGGCGUAGAUCGAGGCUUUCCAGGUGAUGCGAACGAGUAUCCUGGCCGGAUGCACCACAGGAACAACGGCGGUAGCAGGAGAGAGAGAAGCAACUCUCCUGUCUUCAGGAGAUUGCACUACCCUCAUCAACCCUAUGAGAAAUCCCGAUCAAGAUCCAGAAGCCGUUCCCCAGUCUCGUGGAACAACCGGAACAGAUCUCCCGGGCUGAGAGCUGAUGAUAGGAUGGAGAGAGUGAGGCUGCCGUUCCAGAAGCGGUUUCCAGCCGACCAAGAGGUGGGAUUCAUGUCUCCACCAAGGAAUAGGAUGUCGCCGCCGCCACGUAACUCGAGGUUUUUCGAAGGGAGGAACAGCGAUGGAGGGGAGAACCAUAACAACAAUUUCAGGAUAAGGAAAUCACCAGGAAGAAUGCUUAGGCCAGGACAAAGAUUCGAUAGCAACGGACCUUCCAUGAGAAGGGUGAGCUCAGAGAGUCACUUCAGGCCAACGUUACGACACAGACGGUUCGAUGGGACUGGAGGGGGAAGGCGGGGGUGUAAAUAUGAAGGAGGAGAGGAGGAGAAGGGAGGGAACAGGUACGAGAUGGUGAACCGGCCUCGGCGUUCAGACAACAAUAGAUCCGAAGACGGUGAUAACAUCCGACGUUUCAGAUUUAACGGGGAACAGCAGCAGUCUCAGGUCGUCACAAACAACAACAACAACAGUGGGUCAUGACGAAGAUAGCAGAUUUCCUCAUAUUUUUCCUCCAAAAAUUUUUCUUGGGGUUUAUCGUCGCUGGGGGUUAAUUAGUGAAGAAGAAGAAGAAGAAGAAGAAUAGGGUUUUCAUGGUGCUGAUGGGUUUAUUUUGAGGAGAAGAGAGCGUUCUCUUCCACCUUUGUCUUUCGUUGUUCUUCUCCUUUUUUGUUUUCUCAACUCUCAGGCUAAGAAAGGGGUUUUUUGAUUUGA